UCGGAAGCAGGGCGUCGCGUCGCGUCACAGGAGCCAGUGGGGCGUCAAGACACCGGAUAACGGAAUGCAUUUUUAAUUUGAUGAUAGAGACUAGUAUCUAUUAUAUCUCAGAUCCUACAUGUGUUUUUCAUGGAAAUAACGCACGUUUGUUCUUAAAGCGACAGCGCGUCACACUCAGAAGACGCGCAGACCGGAGGAAGCGGUGGGAAAUAGAUUAUAACAUACAUUGAAAAAAAUUACGGAGACAUCUCCAAAGCUGGACAGUAACAGAUGAAUCAGAAUCAGAGAUGGGAAGUAAUGCGCAUCACAACCAGGAAGCCGCUCGGGAGCCUGCAGACUCUAUGGUCUGGUUUCGCAGCUACUUGCACGGAGGGACGUCGAGCCUCAUCUCCACGCUGACCACCGUCAUCACCUUCCCUCUGUACAAGACCGUCUUCCGCCAGCAGCUGCACAGCACUUUAGUGCGAGAAGCGGUGGCCCAGCUGCUCAGGGAGGGUCCGGUCAAACUGUACCGCGGUGUGGCUCCACCUUUACUGAUGAGGUCUCUGAACGGGACGCUGCUGUUCGGCCUCCAGGACACCUUCCUGCAGCAGCUGUCACUCUGGGACACGUGUCCUGCUCCCAGGACGGCCCUCCCUGCUCUGGCAGGUUUGGGGGCAGGUGUGCUGGAGGCCGUGCUCUUUUGCCCAUUUGAGCGCGUGCAGAACGUCCUGCAGAACAGCGGGAAUGACACUAGCCUUCCUACAUUAAGAAGCAUACUGCGCAAACUUGCCUCAAAACCGUUGGCGUCAGGGUACUACACUGCCUUUCUGCCUAUACUCGUCCGUAAUGCCUUGGGGAGCAGCCUGUAUUUUGGGCUGAAGGACCCCGUGUCUGAGACUCUCCGGGCUGGAGGCUGUGCUCCUGUAGCGUCCUCCUUUAUUACUGGUGUGUUGAACUCAGUGGUGAUCAGUCUGCCGCUGUACCCGCUCUCUGUGCUGGUGGCGAACAUGCAGGCCCAGGUGGACGGAGGGGGCGGAGGGGUUAAAGGCAGCUGGCAGAGGCUUUGGGCGGCCCGUCAGCGCAGGCUGGUUCUUCUGUACCGUGGAGGAUCGCUGGUGAUCUUCCGCUCCUGCAUCACGUGGGGAAUCACCACUGCCAUCUACGACCAGCUGAAGAGGCUCUCCAGAACCUCAGAUUAACAGACGAUGCUGUUUAGAACACACCUGACAGAACUGAUGUAUUCACUGCUGCAGUAAUGAUGCAUGAGUUGACAUGUAUACUGUAUAGCCAAUGUAAAGGAAUGAAACUGUACAGGUGCUUAGUUCUAUUAAAAAUGUGAAACGAUCCACAUGCAAUUAAGGGAAAA